AUACGAAUCUGCAACGAGGCGACGUACUAGCGAGCUGUGAUAGAUUCGAGGGACCGCGGCUGUAAAACGACAAAACUUGGACGCCACUAUUAUCGGGAUCAUCAAGCAAACGACCUAAUUGCUGGUACCAGCAUGAAUGGCUUCAGUAAACCAAGGGCACAUGGGGUGCCACAGUUCACCGGAACAUCGCUCCUCAGAUUAUCCAAACAUGACUUGGAACGAGAUUCGGGCUUCUCAGAUGCCAGCUCUGAGUACCUCAGUGCAGUCGAGGUGACAGACUCUGAAGACACUGGAAGGAAUGGGUCAAUAAUCGGACAGGAAGCUGGUCAGCAGGUGGCUUUAGUGGGAGGUUCGUAUUCUGGACUGUCCCCAAUGAUCAUCAUGAACAACUUUGUCCUAAAGCAGCCGUCACCCAUGACCCCGUCAGAAAAGCAGUGGGGCUUUUCAUCCCCCAUGGAAGUGAUGCCUCAAUCACAAGUGGUUCUCCUUCAGCCAAUGGUAUCAAACGGCAGCAGCAGCUCUUCAAAGACCGAAAGUGUUCGACAGUCAAAAGGCUAUAUGCCCAUUCUCAAGUCGUACCCCAGAAUCGCCCCAUACCCUGCAGACUCACCCAGUAAGAGGGUGGGAUCCUCAAGGGCGAUGGAAACACUGGGAUGUGACCAGCGUCAGAGGAAACACCAUCACAGGCUGGACAGCUCCCCCAGCCCACUGCCUGCACCGCAGACACAAGCUCAGACCAUCUCCACCUUUGAAGCAGCAACUAAUAAAACACAGGCGGCCGCGAGUCAGGAGCAGCUUCCUGACAAGUCUCUGACCCUAACAGCUGAAAGCAGCUUUCUGCCCGCCUACAUGGAGGAUUUCAGGACUGAAGCGGACAAAUACGAGGACCCCAUCUCCAUUCACGGUGACAAACUGAAACGCUUCAGCAACACCUACAACAUCCUCAGCAAGUCCGGCCUGCUGGGGAUCACAAUGCGCACAAAGCAGCUGAUCAAAGAGAACAAGCGCACCCAGGGCCAGCUGCACGAGCUGCAGGAGCAGACGGCCCUGCUGCUGGAUGCUCUGAGCAGUGGGGAUCCACAGCUCUGGACUAAACUCCAGCUCUCCCUGCAGGACACAGAAAAGGAACAUUCAGGGGCUAAAGCUCAGAGAGUCUAAGGGUAACGCGUUUGUGGACCUGAGCCGGCAGUUUUGAAUCUAGAUGCAGGAGGAUUCAUCUGGUCAUCUGAUACUUUACUGAAUGUGGAGCUAAAUGUCAGUUAAUUUAAGAAAAAAAGAUAAAAUUUACCCUUUUUAUCAGGGUCUGUAGAUGUAAAUUAUGCAUUAUUUAAGCAUAUUGCUUGCAACGAUGGCGCUGCCUUAUUGCACGUACAAAUUCCUCGUUCAAUAGUGUGAUGACAAUAAGACCUGCAAUAAACAAACAUCACAUUUUUCUCACUUYUUAUGUUCCUUUUGUGAAAACUCACUGCAGUCGAAGUGCAUCUGAUAGGCCAAAUAUAACUGACUGGAUUGCUCUUGGAAAUAAAAUAGCCUGCUUUUAUUUCGGCUUAAGCAGUUCUUUGUGAUACUUGUUUUGCACACGCUGGUGUUUCUGUAAGCGAUAAAUUUGUAAACUAUAAAUUAUGCACCCCUUUAUUCAGGAAGGUCCUGAAGCACAAAACAUUCAGAGCUGCUGGUUUGAUACGAAUCUGAAGCACAGCCGCUGUUAUAACGUGAAAGUUUGGAAGCAUGCUGAUAUUUCCAACCAUUGCCUAUAAUGCAUUUUAUUGCUUCUGCUGUUAGAAAAUAGCAGGCAUCACUUGCAGCCUAAUAAUGCACGCCUUACAGUGUGUGAAAAGCCACAGAGAUGCAUUACGCCUGUCAUAUUUAACACACCUGUUGACGUUUUUUUCUGGUUUUUAUUGUUUUUUGUUUUUGAAUUUUUAGUGAACAGAUGACGCCUCCAGCAGGAAGUUUUAAUACUUGACAGUAGUGACACUGAAAGUAGGCUUGUUUAACUGAGACACUGUGUAAACUAUAGACAAACAUCAUAUCAAAAGUUUUAACCAGGAAAUAUAUUUUUUUGUUCAGACCAUUUCCUUCAACCAAUCUGAAAUUUAGCUCAGCACAGAAAAUGUGGCAGCCUUUAUUUAUUUGUAUAUUUUUACAUGAUAAAGAUUUAACUUGCACAUGGAUGCAGAGGUAAACACUGAUUUUAAAAMAGAAAUAUCAGGUGGCACCUAAUACUAAUAAGACCCCUGUGUUUUUCUGUUUUGUGUGUGUGAUGUUUAAAUUUAUUUAAAGUGCUGAGUGCCUCCUCGUUAAUAUUUCAGACUUAGCCACUUUAGUGACUUAUUAUUUGAAGCCAGUUAUUCUGUGAAAUGUCCAAUAUUUCAUUGUUGUUGAGAAUUUUACAGCUUCAGCUACGUUUUGUUGCCCUGUUCUCUUCUUUCAAACUUGUUUCUAUCAUCAAAUUAUAAAUCUACUUUAAUUUUUUUAAAUAAUAAUCCAGAUUUUGACAUGUUUGUAAUAUUUUAAGCUAAUAAUUAUAUUGCUUGUACAUUUUAUUAUUUACACAGCCUCACCAGGUUCAAAUAGUUUUAUUCUUUAGUGUCAGUAUUAUUAAUUCAUCAUCGUUUGCAGUCAAUAAUAAUAAGUUGUGAAUAAUGUUAAACAGUUGAUUAUAAGAAGCUUGUUUUAAUGAGUUUAGGUUUUUUUGUCAGAUAACGUGGAAACUACAUCUAGAAAAUGUAGCAAAGAAGUGCUGUAGCCAUUGAAUAGACCAUUUUGUAGUUUUUUUUUUUUUAAAACGUAUAGCGGAACCUUCCGGGUAGCAAUCAUUGGAUAUGUACGAAGAACUUUAGCUGGAAAUACCAUUAGAAUUGAGCAAAUUUAACAAGCUCAAAAAAACCUUUCUAGCUUAAAGAUAUUUAUGAAAAUUCUCAUCCAAGAUCUUAAAGGAAAGUUCAUCACAAAUCAGUUUAGUGCAAAUACAUUGGAUCUGUUCACAGUGAAAAUUUAUAGGUUUUAUUGAGCGGCGUUUCAGUGUUUAUAUCACCAAAAAUGUGAGUGCAGCUGUUCAGUGCAUUUGUAAUGAUUUUUAACUACAAAUGGUUUAUUGUCCUGCCUUUGGAUUUGUUGUUGCUCUUAUUAGUCCUGCUGUAGUUCAGUGCUUUAAAGAAGUUUUAGGUGAAAAGAUGGCGGCUACUUGUUUAGUUUUAUAUUACUGACCUUUUGCACUUUGUGUUUUGUUUAAAUGAUGUGAAUAUGAAAUGCUUAUCUGGACGCCUGUGCCUUUUAUUCAUGAUUGUACUUUUUAUUAACGCUUUUACAUCUUCAAAUUUUUUGCAUUUCUUUACAAAUGUCCUGUUGAAAGUCAAAAGUACUGAAGGGUUUCCAAAGAAUUCAUAUUUUUGAAACUUAGAUUAUUGCUGUAGUAAUUUUUUUCUGAGUUCCUUCAUAAAUAUUGUUAUAAAGACUUAAAAGGUUAAAAUGUUAAGUCUUGUUAAACUCUUGUAUUUAUGUUCACAACACCACUCUAAAGAUAUUUAUCAGUUCUUUAAAAGUAACGUCGGAUAAAAUGUGUCUUGGUUUUGAAGGGAGGUAAUAAGGUGAAAAGUGUUUUAAAGAAAUAUUUUGCCUGUUAUUGUGAAAUGUAUGUUUUUUUUCUUUUUGUCUAUCAAACUGUUGAAAUCCUUUUCUUGUCACUUUUCUAGAAGAAUGUCAUUAUUAAAGAUGAAAAGUAGCA